UGCACUCUUUUUAUCUCUGUUGGCACAUUUUCUCCUUUCAGGACCAUUCCAUUCGCAUGGAACCUCGUCACUGCUGGUUAUCUUGAACAAUCACUUCCAGGGGUAGCCAUAAGCACGGUUGGUCUUCUUUUCUUUGGGAGGUUGUUAGAGCCGUUAUGGGGGCCGAGGGAAUUCCUGAAGUUUAUCAUUGUGGUGAAUUUUUUAACCUCAAUCUGUGUUUUUGCAACCGCUAUUGGACUAUACUACAUCACAAGACAGGAAAGUUACCUCUAUACACCUCUUUCUGGCUUCCACGGUGUCCUUUCAGGGUUCCUGGUGGGCAUUAAGCAAAUUACACCAGAUGAUGAGCUGAGUAUAUUGAAGAUUAAACUAAAGUGGUUGCCAACUCUUUUUGUCUUGGUGUCGGUUGCAAUUAGUUUCUUCUUGGAGGGGUCUUCAUCUUACAUUCCAACAAUUAUAUUUGGUAUUUAUAUGAGUUGGAUAUACUUGCGCUACUUCCAAAGGAAGCCAGAAACAGGACUCAAGGGAGAUCCAAGUGAUGAGUUUUCCUUCUCCAGUUUCUUCCCUGAAUUCCUGAGACCAAUUCUGGAUCCAAUUGCUUCAGUUUUUGAUCGGGCAAUUUGUGGAAGGUCGGUAUCUGCAGGAGGAUCAGGAGAUAAUGCACUGGACGAAACCCAUUUGCCUGGUUCAGAUCCUAUUGAAGCCUUGAGAAGAAGAGAGCGAGGAGCAAGGGCACUAGAACAGAGGUUGGCAGCUGAGAAACUGUCUUCUACUGGGAGUGCAGAAGGAUCUCAACUCGGAGAUGCAGCUGAAAAUGUUUGAAAGCCCUAUUGAAAAUUUUCAUUGCUAAACAAAUUUCAACACUAGGAGGUUGAGCUUUUGUUUUUUGAAUUGUGCAGUUGCUCGAGAUAUAUAUUUAGUAGUAAUAGUUACUCUACUUGCUGUCUUCCCCAUAUUUCUUUCUUUUCCCCCCCAGUGUGGCGCUACUUAAAGUAUACAGGACAUUUUUUUAAGUGAGCAGUAUGUUUCAUAUAUUACUCUUCUAUCUUAUAACGAACGUAGCCUGAGAAACCA